AUGGAGGUAACAAUAUUGAAUGAGAAGGAUGUACCUGGAGCUUCGUUAGCAAAAGAUCCAGCUAACUGUUCCGUUCUUGAGUUGAAACGUUGGCUUGAGUGUCACGGAGAAAAGAAAUCUGGCAGAAAGCAAGAGUUGAUCGAUAGAGUGCGAAGGUGUGUUGCCAUUGGUAAAACCGUUGACCCAAAAGUUGAUGCUGGUAAAUGGUACGAGUUGAAAAAAAUGCGCUGCAGAGGAGAGACAUCCUCUUCUGAACAACUAGAAAAAAUACCAAGUGGCGGUUGGAAAAAAUUUCCCUCCUAUGACAUCCCAAUAAUGUUCAACUAUGGUCACAUAUACCAUCACUUGGUUGAAUCAAUCUCGGAUUUCACUAUUGUCGAAAGUGAAGAAGAUGCCGAAGAUUUAGACAGUGGCUAUACAUCGACUGCAAGACCACUUAGAAAAGGGCUGAGCCUCUUAAACAGUGGGUUUGUGAGAGACAUUGAAGACAAUCUUCUUGGUGACAACUAUUUUGUUCGUGCUCAUGUUGACCAUUCAAUGAAGGUUGGGAAGCCUUUGAAUGUUGAAAUUGCUUUAUCUUGUCUAAGUGGUUCAGUUAGGUUUGGAAGGUGUGACUGCAAGGCAUCAGCACUUGGUAGGUGUGCACAUGUAGCUGCUGUACUUCUGAGCCUAAGUGAAUAUUUGAAAACUCAUGGUCACUCUCUGGUCACGCCAUCCACAUCAAAACCUUGCAUAUGGAAUGUUGGUAAAAAGAGACAUAAAGAUCCCCAAGCCAUUCAUAAAGGAGUAUAUAAAUGUGGUAAGUUUUCUAGCAGUAGAAUCAUCACAUGGGAUCCAAGACCUGAAGAGCUGAGAGGAAAAGUUGGUAUGAGAGAAACAAAUGAUUUUUUGAAAGACCUUAAUGAGAUAAGUUCAAAAACAAACCAAGUUUCAAUGUGGGAACUGUCCAUUCCAAUGUUCUAUGAGGAUUACACAUUGUCUGAAGAGCGAAAGGAGGUGCUUCAGAUUUUGACUCAAUCUUUAGAGGAAACUCUUUAUGGUUUCAAUGAGAUUGGGGCAAAAGAAAUUGAAGGUACAUUGGGUCAAAGUGCUUCCCCAAGAUGGUAUGAAGAGAGGCAGCUGAGGAUAACAGCUUCCAGGUGUAAGCCAAUCUUUACAUAUGGUAAUGCAAUUAUUGCUGGAAAUGCUGACAGUAUUAUGAUGUCAAUGCAGAAAUGGAUUUGGAACAAUUUAUGGUUUCCAAAAACAUUUCAAUCCAAAUUCAUGAAAUAUGGGAUUGAGGAGGAACCAAAAGCUAGGGAAGCAUAUACAACUGCAACUGGUAACAACGUCAAGGAAACAGGAAUGUGGGUCAAUAGUUUAUGUCCCUACCUUGGCGCCAGCCCUGAUGGGUUAAUCCUCAACAGUGCAUGUGACAUUGCUGGCAUCAUUGAAAUUAAAUGUUUAAAACUAUUGAAAGAAAAUUCAGUAGAAGAACUUAUUGAGAAGAUAAAAUUAGACAAAGUGUCAAGCUCUGUGCUAGGAAGGCAAUGCUUCACAGUUAUUGACAAUAAGUUGCUACUGAAAACCAGUCAUAUGUACUUCUACCAAGUCCAGCUACAACUGCUGGUGCUUCAGCUACCAUUUUGUGACUUUGUUUUGCAUUCUCCCAAAGGACCACCAUCAGUUCAGAGGAUUCCAUGUGACAAACAAUUUCAGGAGAAGUUGAGAGCCAGCUUGUCUUCUUUCUGGCACAAAGUCUUCAUACCUGAGUACUUUGAGAUGCGUGUUCCAAGAAGACUUCAUGCAUUUAUUGUUUAG